CACAUCUUAUGAAAACAAGUAGAAAAUCUUGCAACAACCAAAAAGAAGAUGAGCUACUUUAGCGGCUGCAACAAUCUUACGAUGAUCACCAACUUCAUUUCCACCAUCUUUAUCAUCUUCAUCAUCACCUUUCAAGCAUCAAUGGCCAAAGCAGAGAACCCAUUGCAAGAGUUCUCAAAUAGAGAAGAGUUGGUGCAAUUGGCUGGUUAUGGGGAGGACAAGCUAUCAACCGUGCUAGUCACAGGCACGAUUCUUUGUGAGGCUUGCUUGAAUGGUGGAACUCAACUCCAUGCAUGGCCAGUAUCAGGUGCUUCGGUAUACGUGGAAUGCCACACUGGUGGGAAGUGGAGCAAAACAAGUUCUUCACAAGCCAUGACAGAUGAAUAUGGAGAUUUCCUAAUUGAUCUACCUUCCCCCCUCCAUGGAAUUCCGAACCUGGAAAGAACAUGUUCAGUUAAGGUUCUACGAUUGCCACAGAACUCGGUAUGCAGACUAGCUCAUGCCAGGAAACAGAAGGCACUGGAAUUAUCAUCACUUGGGAAUGGCAUCCGUUAUUACAGUGCCGGGGAGAUCAAAUUUCUUCAAGUAACAUCUAAACCUUUUCAAGCAUGCACCCAGAGAGGAAGCAACGAUAAGCAGAUUGCGUACUAGAUAACAGGUUUAUAAGAAGACUGGAAUACAAGAACAAGGCUCACUUAGAUGGCGCUUUAGUCACAGCAUUGAGUAACAAGGUUCAAUUCCUUUCUACCAGUCGUAAAAUACAUGAGUGGCAACUAUAUAGCAUGUAGAUAAAUAAUGAUAUCUUUUAAUAUAGCAAGCUUGCAGUGUUUGUAAUUGUAGAAACAAGAUUGUAUAACAGAAAUUUUCACAGGCUGCAAUGAAAAAGUAUGAUAUAAACGGUUUGGAAA